CAGAUUCAAGCGGGCGAAAUGGCAGCGAUAACUCCCUCAUGGGCACUCGAGACAACGGCAGAUGGAGAGGUAAAAGAGAAGACAUCAGGUCCAGGCGGUCAAUGGCGCGCUCUCAAUGUUGGACCCGACCUCAUCCGCUCCUUGUUGAUACGCAAAUUCAAGACCCCAACGCCUAUCCAAAGAGCAGCUAUCCCUCCCGCUCUCUCCACUCCACCGAGGGAUAUCCUUGGUAUGGCCAGGACCGGUUCUGGUAAAACUUUGGCGUACCUUAUUCCUCUUCUUCAAAGAACUGGAUCGACACACCAUGGACAGGGCCCAAGAGCUUUAAUUCUCUGUCCGAGUCGAGAGUUGGCGGUGCAGAUCUAUACUGUCGGAAAGGAUCUUGCUAGAGGGAUGAACAAGGGCAAGGGAAAAGGAAAGAACAAGAAUGAAGACGAGGAAGAUGAGGAAGGCAAGGGUAAAGAGGGACUGAGAUGGGCCCUCAUCAUUGGUGGUGAAGGAAUGGACGCUCAGUUUGAAAAGAUGUCCUCCAACCCUGAUAUUGUGAUUGCAACUCCGGGUCGAUUCCUCCAUCUUAUCGUUGAAAUGCACAUGGACCUUCGACACCUCCAAACGGUCAUCUAUGAUGAAGCCGACAGACUUUUUGAAAUGGGUUUCGAUGUCCAACUUCAAGAAAUCCUUCAUCGUCUCCCUUCGACCCGUCAAAACCUGUUGUUCUCUGCUACUCUCCCCUCAUCCGUGGCCGAAUUCGCAAAGGCCGGUCUCGUGAACCCUCUCCUUGUUCGUCUUGAUGCCGAGCAAAAGAUCUCACCUGAUCUCGCCCUCAAAUUCUUCUCUGUCAAACCCGGAGAAAAGGAAGCGUCUUUACUUGUUCUUUUGAGAGAAGUCAUUGGCAAACCCAAUCAACCUGAGCCUGCCGAUCCCUCUUCUGCCCCUCAGGCUAUCGUCUUUGUAGCUACCAAGCACCACGUCGACUAUGUCGCCGAGCUUUUACGUACGACCGGGUACCGCACCUCUCUCAUUUACAGUUCCCUCGACCAAGUUGCCCGUCAGCAGCAACUUGCCGGUUUCCGUAGUCAUCAAUCCGAUGUCCUCGUCGUCACAGACGUGGCUGCCCGUGGUCUCGAUAUCCCCAUCAUGGACCAUGUCAUCAACUAUGAUUUCCCUGCUGGUCCUCGUAUCUUUGUUCAUCGUGUCGGUCGUACGGCACGAGCCGGUCGAAAAGGUACCGCGUACUCCCUCAUCGUCAAGGAAGAUUUCCCUUACCUCUGCGACCUCCAUACCUUCCUCGGCACGGAGCGUAUGGGCGAACCCGCAGACGUUCUGCGUUCACUCCCUAUUGAGCAGCUUAGUGAGAAUGUCGAGUACGUUUUCCAUAACCUUGACGAAACUGCACCCCAUAUUACUGCUUUGCGUAACGUCAUGCGCAAAGGUCAAGGCAUGUUUGAACGUUCUCGUACUAAAGCCAAUCCCACGUCUUAUCGUCAAGCGAAAUCUCUCGCUUCCGCUCUCAGUAAUAAUCCUCCCCGAAUUGAUGACAUGUUUGAGGAUGCGAUGGAGGUUGAGGUGAAUGAAGAAAAGGCUAGAUUACUCGCCAAAGUGGCAGCGUUCACACCGUCUGAAACUGUGUUCGAAGUCGGAAAACGCGAGAGUGAGAGCGCGAUUAUCAUGAAGAAGAGGAGAAAGACAGUCGACGAGAGGCAGAAACGAGUCUCAAAGGCUGAAGCAGAGAAGAGUACAGCGAGCGGUAUGGAGAAGGCCCCCGUGAAAGAGCUUCCCGCACCUCAACUUCCUAGCAAGAAUUUUAAAGACCCUUCCUUCUACCUCGACCAUACCCAACGCGGAGCGGAAGCUGAAAAGGGUUACUCUCUCAAAUCUGGCGUCGAAUCUCUUUCUGGCGCGAUCACUGAUAUGACUGCCGAUGAAGGUACAGGACCGAAAGCCCAAAAGGCCAGUCAACUCAGUUGGGACAGGAAGAAACACAAGUUUAUCAAGAAAAAUGGUAGUGCUGAUGGAGAAAAGAUGAUCAAAAGCGAAAGUGGUGCAUUGUUGCCUGCUAGUUAUAGUAGUGGCAAGUAUCAGGAAUGGAAAUCGAAGAGAAGGCAUAUGCCUGAUGGGCCGGUGGAGGCUCUGGCUUUGGGAGGUGGCAGGAGGGGAAGACAUGGACCACCGGGACAGAAGAGAAAGGCAGAAGAUGGAGAUGGGGGAGAGGAUGCUGGUGGAAAGGGUAGGAAGGAUCAAGGAAAGAGCAAGGGCACGGGUAAGGGCAAGGACGAUUUCAAGCAGAAGUCUCCUGGAAAGCCUGGCAAGAAGGGGAUCAAGCAGUCCUCUGGGCUCAAAUCUGCAAUGGAUAUCAGGAAACAGAGGGAAAUCGCGCAAAAGAGAAAAGAGAAGAACGCUCGAAAACCCCAAAAGUUCAGAAAGUAAUUUCUCAUCCAUAUAUCUAUGUAGAACCGGUGUUCGAUUGUGGACUCAUGUAUACAUUAUUCACUUGGGUGUCAGGAAUACAGGACUCGUAAUGUCUCCUAUCGUACUAUAACCACGGUCGCAAAACGACGUUAAACAGCCACACUCCGUAAACAGGUCUGGCUAUAUAUGCAAUCAUC